UUCUAUGUUCCAUCUCUAAUAAAUAAAAUUCGUAUCGAGCUGUUCUUGUCUUCGUUUCUUUUUGAUCGCUGUUCGCUGUGUUCCGUUAUGCGAGUUUAACGGAUUUUGCUCGGUCGCAACCGAGGAAGUGUACGACUCGCGGGCGGAGCGCGGCAACAGAGGACCCCGAAACAGUUAACUUUCCGACAUCAGAAGUGGGAUCGCCUCAGCCCCAAGCCAUCACUGAUGAUCGCCUGUCCACAAUUUUAGAAAUGCAGCAUCGUAAUCUAUUGGAAAUUGUAAAUGCCGUGAGGGGCUCGCAGACUACACAAGUAGUUGUACUACCCAAGUUCAACCCUGAGUCCGCCGGUUCAAGUGCAGCCACUUGGUGCUCUACAGUGGACCUUAUUGUAGGAGAAAAUCCUCUGGAUGGCAGUGCUUUGCUCAUGGCCUUAACCAAAUCAUUGGAGGGCAGUGCUUCUAAUUGGCUGUCACAAAUUUGUUUCGCCGGAAUGACUUGGAGCCAAUUCCAAGAAAUGUUCCUUCAGCAGUAUGAAGGCAAUGAGACGCCAGCAGCAACAGUCUUUAAUGUAUUAAACGGGCGGCCAAACGACGGCGAAUGUCUUGCGCUGUAUGGUAGCCGAUUUAUAACAACACUUAUGGCAAAAUGGAAGUCUAUGACCGCAGAAGAAAUUGCAGUGUCUGUUGCCCUGGCACAUGCUGCAAAUAUAGAUGGUAGGCUGCAACGCACUGUGUUCACAACUACUGUCAAAACACGCAACGAGUUGCAGAACGAGCUAAGAGCGUUUUCGUAUGGCAAGAGGAAGGACCAUCCCGUUCCAGAAAAUUCUACCAGCAAAAGAGCUCGCCUACACCCAAAUGUUGAGUGCCACUUUUGUGGAAAAAUUGGCCACAAGAUAGCUGACUGCCGCUCCAUGAAAAACAACUUAAAGAAUCAACAAGGAUCUAGUUCGAGUAUUGGGCGCUUAUCUGACUCUAAACCUGGGUCAAUUACUUGCUAUAGAUGUGGAAACCAGGGGCAUAUAGCGUCAGCUUGCCCUGCAAGACAAUCGUUGUCAAACCAAACUAAAGCCGACGAGAAGCGUGUCAACGUGUGUCACGUAGUCGAGCCAAUUGGGACAUUGAUAUCAUCUGAUUAAGCUUGUUUAAUUUCAAAACUUAUAUUACACACGAGGACGUGUGCUGGUCAGGAAGGCCGUGUCGCAUCAUUAUUAAUCUUAUUUUUAUUUUCUAUGUUCCAUCUCUAAUAAAUAAAAUUCGUAUCGAGCUGUUCUUGUCUUCGUUUCUUUUUGAUCGCUGUUCGCUGUGUUCCGUUAUGCGAGUUUAACGGAUUUUGCUCGGUCGCAACCGAGGAAGUGUACGACUCGCGGGCGGAGCGCGGCAACAGAGGACCCCGAAACAGUUAACUUUCCGACAUAU